ACGCGGCCCGCCGGCCCCCGCUGACACGCUCCCCCGGGGUGCGGUGGCCUCGGGCCGCCCGAGGGAGGGCUGCGCGCGGCCCCGGGCCUGCUCGCCGCGCGGCUCCGCGCGUCCCGGGCCAGGAAGUGGCGGCGCCGAGCGCCAUGGCGCACUCCCCGGUGCAGUCGGGCCUGCCGGGCAUGCAGAACCUGAAAGCAGAUCCAGAAGAGCUUUUCACCAAGCUGGAGAAGAUUGGAAAGGGCUCUUUUGGAGAGGUGUUCAAAGGCAUUGACAAUCGGACUCAGAAAGUGGUUGCCAUAAAAAUCAUUGAUCUGGAAGAAGCUGAAGAUGAGAUAGAGGACAUUCAACAAGAGAUCACAGUGCUGAGUCAGUGUGACAGUCCAUACGUAACCAAAUAUUAUGGAUCCUACCUGAAGGAUACUAAGCUGUGGAUAAUAAUGGAGUACCUUGGCGGAGGCUCUGCCCUGGAUCUGUUAGAACCUGGCCCUUUAGAUGAGAUUCAGAUCGCUACCAUACUGCGGGAAAUUUUGAAAGGCCUGGAUUAUCUGCACUCGGAGAAGAAAAUCCACAGAGACAUUAAAGCGGCCAACGUUCUGCUCUCUGAACACGGAGAGGUGAAGCUGGCUGACUUCGGCGUGGCUGGCCAGCUGACGGACACUCAGAUCAAGAGGAACACCUUCGUGGGCACCCCUUUCUGGAUGGCACCCGAGGUCAUCAAGCAGUCGGCCUACGAUUCCAAGGCAGACAUCUGGUCCCUUGGCAUCACGGCGAUUGAACUGGCCAAAGGAGAGCCACCGCACUCGGAGCUGCACCCCAUGAAGGUGCUGUUCCUCAUCCCAAAGAACAACCCCCCCACGCUGGAGGGGAGCUACAGCAAGCCGCUCAAGGAGUUCGUGGAGGCCUGCCUCAACAAGGAGCCCAGCUUUAGGCCCACUGCUAAGGAGUUACUGAAGCACAAAUUCAUAAUCCGCAACGCCAAGAAGACGUCAUACCUGACGGAGCUCAUCGACAGGUACAAGCGGUGGAAGGCCGAGCAGAGCCACGAUGACUCCAGCUCGGAGGACUCAGAUGUGGAGACGGAUGGCCAGGCGUCCGGAGGCAGCGACUCAGGGGACUGGAUCUUCACCAUCCGGGAGAAAGACCCCACGAGUCUGGAGAAUGGGGCUCUCCAGCCGGGAGACUUGGAGAGAAAUAAGAUGAAAGACAUUCCAAAGAGGCCUUUCUCUCAGUGCUUGCCCACCAUUAUUUCGCCUCUGUUUGCUGAGCUGAAGGAGAAGAGCCAGGCGUGUGGAGGGAACUCGGGGUCCAUAGAGGAGCUGCGGGGAGCCAUCUACUUGGCAGAAGAGGCCUGUCCUGGCAUCUCCGACACCAUGGUGGCACAGCUCGUGCAGCGGCUGCAGAGGUACUCUCUGAGUGGCGGCGGAACCUCAGCUCAGUGAAAGGCCUUCGGCAUUUGGGUUUGGUUUUUCCUUUCUUCUUCAUCUUCCUUCUUCUUAAAAGUCAAUGAGAGCCUUCGCCAACUCUGCGACGAGGCGCCACGUGAGGCCGCCCUCCACGGUGCCGGCCCUGUCCACGACUGUCCUCGGCGUGCCACAGCCAGACGAAGCCUUUCAGCUGGGGUGGGAGGGUCUAUCCUUCAAGCAAUUAUUUUAUUUUUUUAUCGUUUUUAAUUUUAAUCAUAGUGCACAUAUUCAAAGAAGGUUUUUAAACACACAGCCCUGACAUGUAUAUUUGGACUGAUUGGCGAUUGCAGACAAGCAACCUCAGGUACCCUGCUUUCUAUGACAGCUCCUUCCCCCGGGAGACGGAGAGUCGCUCUGGUGGGUCCCUGUACAGAUCUGUAUAUAGCGUCAUUUUUACGGAAACCCUUUUGGCGUGUACAAGGAGUCCCUGUGCACAUGGCCAAGUGCUUCUGUAGAUAGUGUCUGUGGAGUAAAUAUUGGACAGGCCAGAACUCGAGUCUAUUGCCUUGCCUUUAUUACAUGUAAAUUUUGAAUUCCGUGACCAGUGAUUUGGAUCUGAUUUUGUAUUUACAGGGUCUGUCAUUAAUAAUAAUUAACCCCGUGGAGCACCCCUGUUCGUGCCUCACAGAUGCACGUCUUGUCCCUUUUUGGUACACAUAGCCGCCUUCCUCGUCACCGAUGGUACUGUUUAGUGUUUUCGGAUGGAACAUACCUUGUCUCACGGGGCUUUAAAUUAUUAGUUUCUCCCAGAUGAAGUGCUCUCAUCUAUCUUCUGUUGAGUCCUGCCGCUGCGCCUGCCGACGGCCGUGCUGCGCGGCCCCUUCUGUUGGCCCUGUCAGAACCUGCGAUCACCAUCUUUCCACCUGAAUGUGUCUGAAUGCUUACACGAAUAAAUUUUACCACUCA